CAUUCAGAGAGCUGCCUUUGGGAUGUGAUGCUAAAGUCUCAACCGGCCCAGUGACCACUGACGAUGAUGUGUUUACAGAAUUUCAGUUGUCUCUUAUUCUUGGAUCUGAUCCCGGUCUAUUAACAACUCAACCAACUCACUCGGGUCCACAGGUUGCAGGUUACAGGUAAGCCGCCCUUUCUUUUCUUGUGCUUUCUUCGGUGCGCGGACCUCCCAGCGCAAGUCCGAGUUCGACUGCCCUUGCCCUCUUUUUCCUUUGGAUGAUGAACCAAUCUACCAAAAGCAUAGUUCACCUGAGAUCUUCGGAUUGCUGAACGAAAAACUUGAUCCAUCUUUCACCUUUAUCUGACAUCCAUUGUUUUGCUCCGUUUCUGCAACCAUUACGUGCGUCCGAGAGAGUUCAAUAGCGGCUAACUCGAAUGUCCACAGAUCAUGCAAUUCAACGUUCUCGUUUUUGGGAGUAUUCCAGCAGCAGUGCCGGCUUGAGGAUUCCAUCGUUCUCAAACAGCCAUUCACAGCUCGCCAGAGAUGCACUCCGAAGUCAAGUCCCCAGGGCUAGCGGGUUGGGUACCCGAAUCCUCUGCAAUGAUGCCCAACGUGGGUCGAGAUGGGUUCGCUCCGGCCCGCAAUGCUGGAUCCACGCAAUGAUUGUUCCUUCUCGUUUCCAAUUCUCCGUUCGUAGGAAAUUAGACUUCCUAGAUAGACUGCCUGAAUCCAAUCUGCCUUGUUUCACUCUGUUACUCUGCGACGCUGCAUCAUGCGCGGCCCCCCUGGUCGCAUCACCUCUUCUCUUCUUCCCUCGUGGCUUCUCAUCCAACGAUGUCCUCUUGACGGCUGCAACCUCCAGCGCUGCCUCCUUUUCUCAUCGCCAGCUGGUGCUCAGGGUGCAUCACCCUGUUCCGUAACCAUCCGACGUGGGCUCUCCUCCACCACACAAUCCCCA